UUUCUAAAUGCCUCAGGAACAAUACUGCGUCGUCAAAGUGCCGAAAAGUGGCGCCAUUUCUCCGGCGAACAGGCUGAACUACACGCUUUUGAACCUGCGGUUUAACUAGUUCCCAACUUCUAUCGCUAGAUGGCGGGACACUAGCCAGAAACCUAGCCUAAAAAUGGUUAAUAAUUGUUAAUAGUUUGGUUAUGUGAAAACAAUUCGAAGUUAAUUGGUCGUGCACUCCGACGCGAUUCGAUGCAUAUUACAGUCAAUUAAGGUAAUAAAAUCAACUAUAUUAAUCGAAAUGAACCUAAAAGGUAUCCGUGAUUAGCAGACAAUAACUCGUCGUCUGAUACGUUAGUUCUUGGAGACUGUCGAGUUGCGUGGGAAUAUUUGUUGGAUUACGUACGAGUGGGAAAAGUCCUUGACGUAGGGAAUUUUCUUGGCAAAAUUGCUAACUAGUGACAACACUGGCCGUGAACGUCACGGUGCACGGAGGUUGAUUAUCGUUGACGGAAUUUAGACGAGCCUGGACGAUGUGCUUUGACGAAAUUGAAUUUUCGAGCGUGUGCGAUGUCGUGAAUCGGUAAGUGGCCAAGCGAAGCACGAAAAGGUUCGUUUCCAUUUGAAGAAGGUAAUCGCGUACAGCGUAUCGUCGACAUCGCCGCCGCUGCUGCGAUGCUGUCAGAAGUCGACGUUUUCAUCAGUAAUUACACUCUCGUUGAUCCCGAGAUAUAUCAACUGUGGGUCGAUGGCCAUUCGUCGAGCGAAGCGGUCAACAUCCUGCAUCAACGAGGAAUAUGUCAUCAAACGAGUGCAUCGAUCGAAUUGGUGGCUUCCGAUAUUCUGGAUCAUUAUCGGACAUACGCGCUUCUGGAGAAGCUGCUUCAUACCCCUACCAAAUUGGCUAGCGAACAACUCGCCUUUCAAAUAGAACCUCAAACUAGUCAAAUGCUGAUCGAGAUGUACUACGAAUUCGACGAUGUCGUGAUCAGAGAAUUACUAGGUAAAAAAUUAACGUCCAAGAGUAGAAAGGACAUGGACGAAGUGUCGGAGAAAACGGGCAUCACGCUAAAAAGUUGUCGCAGACAAUACGACAACGUGAAGAGAGUGUUUAAGGUCGUGGAAGAUUUGUCAGGAUCGUUGGCUGCCAACAUAGAGCAACACUUUUUACUUUCCGAAGACCUUGCCAAGCGAUACGCGGCCGUCGUGUUCGUUGCCUGCCUCCGAUUCGAGAUGAACAAAAGGAAACUGCAGUUUUUAACCUUUCCCGAUAUCUAUCAUUGUGCCAACAGCAUGAUGUCGUCGUGGACGUAUCGUUGUAUCGGAUCGGAAUAUUUUGAUACCGAUUUGGACAGAGAAUUUUUACUGGAAUUAGCCCAAUGUAGAAUAUUAUUGGAGAACGACAAACACCAUAAACAUUUGGUGUGCAUCAAGCUUAAACCGAUGCUUCUCGAGCGUUCGUAUCAAGAAAUAGAUUCGAACUUUCGUUCGUACACGAGAGCUAUACUAGGAAUCGGAUGUAACCUUCAUCGAUCGAGAGACUUACGGUUCUUCUUUCUGGAGCUGGUCGAGAGAUGCAUCGAGCCGUGGCGUCAAGUGAACUGGACCCAUACCGAUCUUCGAAAUUUCCUCGCGGCUUAUACUCAAUGCGCUCUAGACAUGGAUGUAUUUAGGGAUACCGAAGUAAGAGACGCCUUUGAACGUUACAUGGUCGUUGUAACGUGUUGCUUAUUGCGCAUGUACCAUACGUGACUAUCGAUGCAAGAAGACGAUGGUACACAGAAAACGAGCACGGUCAACGUCGAUAAUAAUUGAAAGUAAGAUAUAUAUAUAUAUAUAUAUAUACACAUAUACAUGUCGUAGAUAGAUAAAUUCGACUAAUUGUACGUAUGCCGAUUCAAUUUAUUAACUUGCCACAAUAAAUAAUUAGUAAACAAAUGCAGCGUAUUUAUUCGCUUAUCUCGAAUACGGCUAUAAUUUACAAUUUUAUCGUUUCAGUCACUUAUACGUAGCCUAGCGUAGCGUCUUCCAGUAUCGUUAAAAAUUUUCGAGCGAGAAAGAUAACGAAAGCGUUGCGUCGCCGAUCCGCGAGGGAUGCAACGAUCAAAGUUCGUACCUAAAAUAACAUCGUUGAUUCGCGUCGUUAUCGAUUUCUCUUGGAUCAAGGUAUUCGAACGAUUCGAUCCGAUCGUUGUAUGGUCACGAUCAUGGCUACACACACGCACGCGCGUACGCGCACACUUGCUAACUCGAACGAACACAUUGUUUUCCGCGUACGCGUAUGUUCCGUGAAUCACGGUAUGGCUCGACUACC